CUGCAAGGCCACCAGAGCCUGCACUGCGAGCCGAAUCGAGCAACGCACUCAGUGCUUUCCAGCGGAGCAGCUCAGGGAUUGUAGCCAUGAAGACGAUCGUGCUCGUCUUAGCAUCGCUAGUAGCGACGAUGACCAGCGGUGUGCAAGGUGGAUAUGACAUCAACGCGCUACACGCCCUGAGCGCCGUCAACGCCGGUCAUGGAGGCGGCGGCGGUGGUGGCGGCGGCUACGGAGGAGGCUACGGUGGUCACGGAGUCCCCAUUGUCAGAGUCGGCUACGUCAAGAAACCCUACGUGUCUAUCGGCUAUGUGCCCAAGAAGGUGGUGAAGUUUGUCAAGGUGCCCGUCAAGACCGUCGGCAUUGGCAUUAGGCCUGUGCUAACCUACAAAGUUGCCCAUCAGGUCAAGGUUGGUCACCCAUACUUUGGAUACGGACACGGCUAUGGACAUGGCUAUGGACACGGCCAUGGCUAUGGUGGUCACGGAUACGGCAAGGGUAUCAGCAUCGGCUUUGGAGGUCACGGCCUUGGCAUUGGUCUUGGACACGGAUAUGGUGGCUACGGACACGGCGGUUACGGUCAUGGUUACGGCGGUUACGGACAUGGAUUCGGCCAUGGCUACGGUCACGGGCAUGGUGGCUACGGUGGCUACGGACAUGGUUUCUGGUGAUUGGUGUGCGUGCUGGCGACGUCAUCCUGGUCAUACUCAACGGUUGCGGACAAACUGAACCUCAUCUGUACAUAACCUCAUCUUGCUCAACUCUUAGGCUUAAUACGAUUAUUAAUAAUAAAAUGUGUAUAUACGUGUCCUUACAAA